AUAUUUAUGUACCGUUUAUACGUCGCUGAUAGGUCGCGAUAAUCAGCUAUACUGUAUAGACUGUUUUAUAUUUCAGAAAAGUGAAAUCAGUUUAGUGUGAUUCACUGUAGUUUGCAGAUUUCUUCCAAUAUGAGUAAAACAUCACCAUAUGGUAUCUGGAACUUUCUAAACAAUGAGACCAUCGUCUUCGAGUCUUUGACCGGUGAUACCUUCGAAGGUGCUCUUAAUGUCAUAAGGAAAAGUUUUUUUGUCUACGAGAAUGUAUGCAAAGCUGUAGACUUGCUCUCAGAAUCCGGUGCAAGCAAAGAACUUGAGGAACUCUGUGUGGAUGCGGCGAAAGAUGGGGUUAGUGUUGUUGCUGUUGAUACAAACAGUAAGAAAGUUAUUGGAGUGGCUUUCAACAAAAUACAGCUUCUCAAAAAUUCAUCAGAGAAAAGCAGCUUCGAGAUAAGCAGGGAUAAUUGCAAGUGCAAAUCCUCGAAAGCGUUGAUAGAUUUCAUGAUAAAUAUAGACAGCAGGAUAGAUUUGUUCAACCACUACGACACCGAUUGUAUAUUUGAAAUCAUGUUUUUGGCCACUUUGCCUUCUCAUCAAAAGUGUAGGAUAGGAGAGUUGCUGGUAGCUUCAUCGAUAAAGAUAGCAGAGGAGUUAAUAAAGGGAAAUCCUGUGAAAACACCAGUCACGAUCAAUGAUGUUAAUAUUAUAGAAAACCAAGAAAAAAUACCUAAAGUGAUAUCAGCAAUCACGACGUCCAAUUAUUCGCAGAAGAUAAUGACGAAGUAUGGAUUUGAAAAUUUGUUUUCAAUCAGCUAUGACGAGUUCCAUUUCAAUAAGAAAGUUUUUAGCGAAAAAAUAGGAGAUGAGCAUCGAAAUUGCAUCUUGGUUGCUAAAAAAUUAUCUUAGAUAAAACUUAAUUGUUAAGAUUAAGAUUUAAUAUUGAUAAUAUUGAUUAAUUUCUACUCUUAAAAAAACUAUAAGAUUUUAUUUUAUAAAAAAAUGUAUAUUAUAUUAAAUUGUAUAAUGAAAUGAAUAAAAAAAAAAUUAUUCCAUAUUUUUGUAUAUAUUUAUAAAAUGUAAUCUUAUCAAGUGAAGAUGUAAUCUUACACUGAAUGAAUUAAUAUGUAAACACGUGAUAAGAAGUAACUAUCUAUCAAUGAUUGUAGUCAGAGAAAAGCCAGCAAAUACAUAAAAUAUUAUUGACAAAUAAAAACAA